AUGGAGCGGCAAUCAUUUCUGAAGCGGAGGGGAGACUUUGGUCAAUCAGGCGACUCAAAGAAGGCGAAGACGGAUGGAGCUCCCAAGAUGUCGUUUGCUGAGAGGAUGAUGGCGAAGCAAGGUUGGAAGGCAGGCGAGGGUCUUGGAAAGGAGGGGACGGGUAUCGUGAAUCCCAUCACGGUGCAAGUGCGGCCAACCGGAGUCGGUCUAGGAAGCGUCAAGGAAAAGACAGCGCAGCAAAAAGCGGAGGAGAAGCGGCAGGCCGAAAGAAGAGGGGAAGAGUACGAAGACUCGUCCGAGGAAGAGCGUCAGAAACGGAAACGGAGAAACCAGAUCAGGAAGGCAGCCGGCGUGUCCAGUGGCGCCAGCACCCCCGGCGCGGGGCGAACGAAGAAGAAGUUCACUGUCGAUGAUAUUCCCGAAGGCCUACAGGUUCCACCAAGUUUGCUUUCUAUCACAGAUGCCACGGGGAAGGAACCGAAACUUCUUACCGCAGACACACUCAGCCUCGGUGCCGCAGUCCCCGCCGAAACCACCGCCACAAAGAUUGCGAAACGGGCGAGGAUGGGUUUGGAGGCGUUCUCCUCCGCCUUCAACGACCUUGUGGAGGAAAGAAAGACUCUCGAUUUCCAAGAGGAGGCGCUGUCGCGGGAGCUCGAAAAGAUCGAGGAAGAGAUCAAGAGGGCUGAAAGGGUAGCUGUCGCAACACAGGGUCUGCGCGAAGCACAAACAUGGGAGGACGUCAUCAGGCAUCUGGAAGAGCUACAGUUGCAAGACUUGGGCUACGACCCGUCGCUUGCCAUUGCUGCGAUCCACCCUUUCUUCAAGGACAUCAUGUCCAAAUGGGAACCGCUGGAAACCGUCCUGGAGAAUAUCGUUCUGGACCUGGAGAAGUUCCCGAAUGUCAUCACUCGCCCAAAGAACACCGACCGCGAAGAUUUUGAAAAACUGCGACCGCAAUCCACUACUCCGUUUGAAACGAUGAUGCGAGCGUACUUCUUACCGAAAAUGAGGGCCGCGAUUAUGGUGUGGGAUCCGUAUAGAGAGUCACUCAGCCUGAUCGCUGUGUUGGCUGCGUGGUUCCCGAUUACACCGAAAUUCAUCCGGAGGAGUCUGCUCAAUCAGAUCAUCACCAAAUUGACUACGGCAGUGCAGGCGUGGAACCCGAGAAAGUCGAUGAAGAAGAGACUAACUUCGCAGCUACCGGAUCUAGUGAUCCCGUGGGUUCCCUUCCUUCCUGGCCAGCAUACCGACCCUCAGGCCGCUUCAGGGCUUCUUUCUGAUACCAAGCGGAAAUUCCGCGCGCUUGUCGAUGCGUGGAGUCUGUCACGGGGACUGAUUCCUGAUCUGGAGAAAUGGCGACGGCUCCUGGGCAACACCGAGUUCGAUCGUGUCCUCAUCAACUAUCUAUUGCCAAAGCUCGCGGAAACUCUCAAGCUAGACUUUGAAGUGAACCCCGCCGAUCAGGACAUGGAGCCCCUGGAAUCGGUGUUGAAGUGGAAACCCCUGUUCAAGCUCGAGAUCAUGGGAGAAUUGAUUGCCGUACACGUCAUGCCCAAGUUGCUGGCGAUCCUGCACAGUUGGCUUACAGCCGAACCGUCGUAUGCGGAAAUUGGGCAAUGGCUGGACUGGAUCAAAUCGCAGAUACCAGCGGACAUCAAUGAACAGCCUGCAGUGGCGGCUCUAUGGGAGGAGAUGCUGAUGCUAGUACAUACGGCAUUGGAUAUGGGAGAGCGAGCCAAGACAGAUCUGCCAUUACCCAAAGCUGUGACUGGUCUCGAAAGCUCAGUACCUGGGUCUCCUCGGCCGACGAAACCUGCUGUCAAGGAGCCGCCUGUUGCCGCGAGAACGGAGGUAGAAGAAGCCACCUUCCGUGAUGUGGUAGAGUCUUGGUGCUCCGAAGAAAGUCUGCUCCUGAUCCCGCUCCGCAAGGCACACGACUUAACGGGCACCCCACUCUUCAGGAUCACUGCUAGUGCGGCGGGCCAAGGAGGAGUGGUGGUCUACAUGAAGGGCGACGUGCUGUAUGCGCAAAAUAAGAAGGACAAGAAUUUGUGGGAGCCGAUGGGGCUAGAGGAGGCAUUGGUGCAGAGAGCCGAAGGCAAAUGA